AUGACGGCUAGGCAGGGCUCUGAUACCUUCGAGCUGGGCCGGCUACUGGUCACUGUCAUGGCAAAGCCGCACACUGGAGACACCCAAUCCAUCUCCCUGAGUGAGGGGCCAGUUCACCACACUGCCAACAAGGGCCAGCGCAGGCUCCUGCUCCAGCAGGACACCCAGCACCAGACGACGAUUCACCUGAGCAGGGAUAACCUGCACCUGCUUUUGCAGGAGACCGAGAACCAGGCCAAAAUUCACCACCCGCGCAGAGAGAGCAGGCACCGGCUCUUGCAGGAGACCCAGAGCUGGUUCAGGACUCACACCCCCAAGGGCAGAGCCGGCUCUGCAGCCACCAUCGCUUGGUGUCCAGGGGAAUGGGGGGAGGGGAGGAAGUGGGAGCCAGAGGACGCAGAAUCCACACCGCCGCACCUCUGCAGAGCUGCUCGGGGCCCCAGCACCAUGCAUCGCUGCCCGUGGAAAUACAUCAUACUUGCCGUGCCCUUGAUCGUCCUGAGCGUCUGCCUCCAAGAGAGAAGUGAAGAGCAUCUUAAGUACAGUUUACUGUUGGAGGAAAAGAAGAAAAUACUGUGGCAGCUCAAUCAGGAACAAAUCGGCUCCAAAAUCAAGAACCAUCUGGAGGCCUUCAAGGGCAUGCAGAAAACCUCCCCUUUGCUCCGACGUGCCAAGUACAAAUUCCUGGCCGGAGCCCCUCCCCAGGAAAAGAAGCUGCUGACGGUGGGCAUCUGCGCGGCGCAGCGUCCCCACGGGAGCCACCUCCUGGACACCCUGCAGUCCCUGUUCCGAGCAUCCUCGGGGCUUGAGCUGGAGUGCGUCGUCGUGCUGGUCUCCCUGUCGGACUCUGAUCCUGAACAGCUCAGGCGGACAGUCGCCAAUAUCUCCGACCUCUUCCGAGCGCACAUUGAGGCCCAGCAGCUGCUGGUGAUCCACGGCCAUCUCGGCGGCCCCCCUGUCCCGGGUGGUCUGAACAACGUCAGCAGCUCCUCAACCUGCGAGGCCCUGUACUCCCGGCAGAAGGCGGACUACGCCCUCCUCAUGAACUUUGCGGCAAACCUGUCCGAUUACUUUCUGAUGCUGGAAGACAGGGUCCACUGCGUCCCCAAGUUUAUCUCUACCGUCUACUGGGCGUUGUCAGCCUGGAAAGAGCUGCCUUGGGUGACCCUCCAGUUCUCCAGCCUGAGCUUCUCUGGCCAAGUCUUCCACUCCAGCGACCUCCCCCGCCUGACCUCGUUCUUUCUCCUUUUCCACAAGGACCCUCCUAUCCACUUGCUUCUCUCUGAAUUCCGCCUUCUCCUGGCCCAAAACAUUCCAAUUCGUUUCGGUUCCUCACUCUUCUACCACAUGGACAGUUAUUCUGUGCUCGAGAACACGUGCUUUCCUGCAGAGAAGGGAAAGGUCUUUGGUGAACCAGACAACCCUCCUGCCAGCGUCCGCACGGACAUGGUGGCGCUGCUGAACGACUGCCCCCAGCACGCCUACACCCUGAACAGCGAGUGCUUUGCCACCCUCAGUCCUGUCAAAGGCAACCAUCUAACAGUGAUCCUGGAGAAGCCACAGAAAGUCACCCGGAUAGAGGUGCUGACAGGUUCUGACACGCAACGGCAGUACGAGCUGCAGCAAGGGCGAGUGGAACUGGGCUACAGCCCCUUGGAGGAUUUCAAAGGCUGUGCUCGCUACACCCUGCUAGGGCCCCUGGUAGAAGGACACCUGGACCAGAUGGUGUCUUAUGAAGAAGACUCCGUGGAGGCGCUGAGCUGCAUACGGCUGCUGGUGCUGGCGCCGCAAGGGUCCUGGCUCCUGAUCAGGCAGAUCAGAGUCUGGACCUCCGAGUACGAGGAAGAGGAGAGUUAG